AUGGCUGGACAGUCGAAGGAAGCAGUGAUUCCUCCGUGGGGUCUGGCAGUUGCUGGGGCCACAGGUGCCGUUAUUGCCAAUGCUAUGGUGUAUCCCUUGGACAUAGUUAAGACCCGUCUUCAAGUUCAGGAGAAACGAAAGCCCACCGAUAUUGUGACUGCCAGCGAUGAUGUUCAUUAUACUUCAACCUGGGAUGCGAUCUCGAAGAUAGUAGCAGAUGAUGGGAUCAUGGGGCUCUAUAAUGGAAUGAACGGUGCUCUCAUCGGUGUUGCAUCUACAAAUUUUGCAUACUUCUACUGGUAUUCGGUCGUCCGGACGCUGUACCUCGCACAGCAGAAACUACCGACCCCUCCAAGCACAAUAGUCGAGCUGUCUCUCGGUGCGGUUGCAGGUGCUGUUGCACAGGUGUUUACGAUCCCGGUGGCAGUGGUGACUACCCGUCAACAGACGCAGAAGAAGGGUGAGAGGAAGGGAAUGAUCGAUACGGCCAAGGAUGUGAUUAAUAGUGAAGAUGGAUUGUCGGGGCUUUGGAGAGGGCUGAAGGCUAGUUUGGUGCUGGUGGUCAACCCCGCUAUUACAUAUGGCGCAUACCAGAGACUGAGAGAAAUUAUGUUUCCUGGAAAGCUGAAUUUGAGACCAGCGGAGGCCUUCCUACUGGGAGCCAUGUCCAAAUCUCUUGCAACCAUUGCCACACAACCUCUGAUCGUUGCCAAGGUUGGGCUUCAGUCAAAGCCACCGCCAUCCAGGCAGGGGAAGCCAUUCAAGAGCUUUAUUGAAGUCAUGCAAUUUAUUAUUCAGAAUGAAGGUCUAUUAGGACUCUUUAAGGGAAUUGCCCCUCAGAUCACAAAGGGUCUCUUGGUGCAAGGUCUUCUCAUGAUGACCAAGGAACGCAUGGAACUCAUGUUUAUCAUUCUAUUCCGCUACAUGCGGAAGAUCCGGGAUGAGAAGCUCAAAAAGGUUGCAGAUAUGGCAGCAGCAAAGGCAAAAGAGACGCUGCCUUUGGUCACAAAGUAG